UUUUCUAUAAGUGUUUUAAUAUUUAUCAAUUUUAUUUUUUAAAAACCAAUGUUUAUAAUAGAGUAUACAUAUUAAUUUAUUAAUUAUUCCUCCCACAGGUGCACUGAUAGUUUUACACUUUUAGGGUUAGAUAUCCUGCACAAAUCCAUAGUAAUCUUUGCCUAGAAUUAUAUACAUAAUUAGAGUUAAUGGUCAUAAUACACGUAUGUACAUAUGUAUAUUUCUAUAUAACAUCAACAGUAUACCUCUGAAAUCGUGUGUAGAGUAUGAACUUGAAUUUUUGGCGAAGCAAUUCGGGGACAGUGUACGUCCUCGCUCAUUCGAUGAAUAAUGAAUUACAAUUCCGGGGCGAAUGACACAGAGAAGAAUGCCAGUGUGAACCUUAUAUCGUGAAACGAUUCACGCAUAUUGGUUUUUACCGUCUCCCCCUUCUUUUUCUCUGCUUUUACACCUUCUUCAGUUUUAGCUUUCUUCGUCAUACUUCUUUCUUUCUGUAUUCUCCUCUCUCUCUGUACAUAUAUCUCUGGCAUACAAAUUCUAAAAUUUAUUUCUUAUUUUAUCGUAUACCCCUUUUAUGAUUAUAUUUAUUAGUUAUAUAUAUGAUUCAUGGCAGUUCAUUUACGUUAACUAUUAAUGAGAAACCGAGAAAGUUGCAUUAGGUUUAGUUUUAACUUUUUAGUAUCAGCUGUUCCAGUUGAUAAUUGCAGUGGCUCUUAAAGAGCUUUAUUUAUUUAAAUUAUUAAAAUUUAACAUUUUUCCAUAUACCUAUGAAUCUCUUUUUCAGGAAAUUCAUCUUGUAACUGUGUAUCCCUAAAAAUAAGAUUUCAAUAGCUUAAAUGGGCAAUGGUACAGUAGCAAUAGAUAGAAGAUAUGGAUAUUAAUCAUUUAUCAAUUCUAACCUCAAGUACAUAGUUUUAUUUUAAAGAGAUUUGUUGAUUGCUCUAGUUACACGUAUACUACAUUCGGAUUUCUUAUUUUCGAUACAUUAUUGUGAAAUCUCUAGUACAUUAUUCCAACAUUUUAUAUAAUAACAAUGCUAUUGGCAAAUUAAAUAAUAUCCCGCAAUAUAGUCUUUUAGAAAGCCCUUCAUUUAUAUUUAACAUAAAUGAACAGCCAUGAAUUUUCUACUAAUUAACCAAAUUCUCAUAACUUCUCUCAUCUCUGUUUUUCUUUCUAAAUCUUGAUCUUUCUAUGUGUCUCUAUUUUACGAGGACCACAGCACUAUCUGCUCUCUCUCUCUCUCUCUCUCUCUCUCUGUUUCUCCUUUUUACUUUCUCUUUCAAUUUUUCAUCUUGUCAUCGUCUUUCUCGUAUCAAUUCCUCCUCCCUCCUCUCUCUCUCUCUCUCCUUCUUUCCGUUCUCCUUUCCCCCUUUAUCCCCCUCACAUCGCACCCCUCUUCGAUCAACCGAUCGUCUCAUUUCUCUCACACUCUCUCAUUCUUUCGUUUCAGCUCGCUCGAACAGACACCUGUGGCUAUACUGUAUACACGAAAAUGUGUUCGUCAGUCGCAGACACACAUCCUGAUUACUAAUUCACGAAGCCGCGGACUACUUCCUUGCCGCGUUGUGUGACACCAAAUCCCAUAUUCCGGCCGAAUGGAGAGUCGAGACGGACACGGUGAUCCUUAAAAACUAGCACGACAACCAGCAGGGAACUUGAACACCGGCGAUUCUAUGAUAAUCUCUGAUCGAUCGGAUCAAACAAUGAUUUAGGGUAAUUCAGAAGUCGUCCGAGCUGUUGAAAGUUUCAAUGACUUUGCGGACUGCACGGAUAAUAUGGUUUCGCUGGCUUUACAAAAUAUUUCCAGGGGAGACUUAGUUACUAACGGUAAGAACGUAAUGCCUAAAAUACUUUAUAUAGGAUAUUUUCCUCCUAUUUCUUUUCUUUUUUUAUUCUUUGAGUUCCUUUAUAUCUUAUUGUUGGAGCUACGUCGUUGAAAGUUUGAAUGAUUUUGCAGAUUGCACGAGUGAUUUGAUUUCGUUGGUUUCUAGAAAUGUUUAUAGAGCAGAUGUGGCUCCUAAAACCGUAAAGCGUAAGACGAUUUAUUAUGGAUAUUUUUACGAGCAGUUGAGGUCUUACUUUGGUUUGGAGUUUCUUUUAUUUUCUAUUUGCUAUUUGUACUCCUUUAUUUUGCUGUUGGAAUUUUUGUACCUGAAAAUUUGACCGAUUGUGCGAUCCUGUUAAUUUUCGCAAACAUUUAUGGGACGAAGGUAAUUAUUAAGAUCAUAAAGCUACUUCAUUUUAGAUUUCGUAAUAUUUUCUAUUGUUCCUUAGGUUUUUUUAUCCGAUAUUUUCUGCUGAUAUUAGUAUUACAUCUAAUACUAAUUCGCCUAGCAGAAUUGUAUCGUUUAUGAUACUUUAUGUCUUAAUUGCCUUUCGUUACUCGCUAAUUUGUGUAGAUAAUCGUGCAGUUGAGUUAACUUUAAUAUGGAUGGUGUAACGUAUUUGGACUGAUCCUGGCACACUGCAUAAGUAGUAUAAUUGGACUAAGAUAUUCAUGAAUAUUUACAGAGAAGUACCAGAGAAGUACUUUCUUCAUUAUCGUUACAUAUUUCCUUAUUUAAUAUUUAUUUAUCUAAAUUUUCAGAACACUUCCACUUCUAAAAUGAACAAACGUAACGUAAAAUACAUAAUACAUUCGUAUCUCGUUUAAUGAAGUCACAUAAAACAUUCUGGAUGUUUGCCUAAACUGUAUAAAAAAUGAAAUAUCUUCAUAUCAUAUUGUAACGAUUUGGAUAAAACUUGCGACCAGCCUAUUGAGUACUGGAACUUAUUCAGAAGUGGUUUCUUGAAAAACUAGUAAAGCGAUGAGAUGAGUAAAGUGGAAUAUGUCUGACAAAAAUGUCGAAUCGCUUGAAGCGUUCGAUUCUAAACGAAUGCUAGGAGUAUGAUCUAUCAGUGGUUAGACUGAAAGAGGAAACUGUCUAGUAUUUACAGUUAUACGAUCGCUCCGAUGACCAACCCGUCCUCGAGUGGAAUUCCGGAUUUUUCGUUCGUUUAAUAUCCGCACCAUUCGCAUGCCAUUCUAUACUUUCGAUUUAAUCUAUCGUUACCGCUUCUUUCGAAAAUUGGAAACACCCUGAGAAAACGGUGACGGAGACGGAGACGGAGAAAAUGGAAGAAAGUGUUAGAGAGAGUUAAAAGUUGGACAUCUGAAAGCUUAAGAAUUUAUAUGUAGUAAUUUCUAGACUGCAGGUAUUUAUGCUUUUAUGAUAAAUUUAGUGAUAACGAAAUCCACAGAUUGCAUUAUAAAAAUAUAUACAUAAAACAUUCAUAGUAGGAUACUCUUUAUAAUUUUUGAUGGAUGAAACAAAUUUUUAUGUAAGUUCCACUUCUUUAGUUCUGUACAUAAGAAUAUGAGAUUGAAAAAUAUAAAAAUCCAGUAAUUAUUAGACAGCAGAUUUUUAUAUUAUAAAAUAUUUAUUAUGGUAGAAUCUUCCAUCUCCGAACUGAUAGGGAGACAAUAGCGUUUAGACAAUUAAAUAAUAAACUAGUAAAUUUUUCACUAAUUUUUGUACUUUUAAAGUCUUCGACUCUUUCUUUGAGACAGCCUAUAUAUGUAGAAGGUGAGAAGUGGAAGCUGAGAAUAGCAAACGAGAGAAAUACUUUCACUAAAUAUGACGGUUGAAUGCUGAAUGAAAAAAUUUUAGGUCCAUUGAAGCUGAAUUUUUUGUGGCGCUCGUAACUUCGAUGAUGGAUUAGCUAAAAAAGAAAAGUUAUAAAGAUACUACAAUGAUUGAUUUUGUUGGAAAGAUGUUCCUUAAUCUGAAACUCUUUCAACUAGUCAAAUUAAUUUUAUAAUUUGUCAUUUUGUAAUUUAUUGUCGUUUAUCGAAUUUGAUAGAAGUGCAACGAUACACUGCAGAGAUUUAUUAAAUACUGUAAAGUGAACGACUUGGAAUUUUUACGGAUGAAAAUAAUUCCGAAUCAGUCAUCAACGUAACUUUGCAAUUUUAUACGUCUGUGUAAAUUGCGAGUUAGCCUUCAUACUGUUAUUAAUAUCCAAGAAAUCCUGUGCUUUGCUUGGCAAUUAAAUCGUCCGAGAAUGGUAAAAGUAUAAAUGGAUCACAGCAUCCAAGAAGCUCGAUAAAAGCACAGACGAGGUUGCACCUCGUUUGUGAUAAAAGUGAUUAAUUACCGACAGGGAGUAAUUGAUUGUACCUAGAAUUUAAAUUUAUAAUUUAAAUUAAAUUUAAUCGUACAACGUUAAGAUUUAAUUUAUGUUACAGAAGCAAUAAAUUAUAUUGUUCGUUAAUUUUACCAAACCGAAUCUUUCUCCUCAACUUAUCAAAUUGCUUAGAUCCUGAGAAGAAAUAACUCAACUGUUUUAAGGCAGAUUCUUUUUAUCAAUGAACAUCAAGGCGGAUUUUUCUUUUUUUAAUACUAUCGAUCCUGUGUUCCAAUAGGUCGCAUUGGUGUCAGAAAAAUUAUAACAGCCUAAUGACCACCUUAUAUCAUUAUAGCAAAAUUGUAAUAGCCUUCCCAAAAACUACUUUGGAACGUAUUCUCUCACUAAUCUUUCAAGGGUUAAAGAGCAAAAUAUCUUUCAUUUAAAAGCUACGAAAGAUCUUCCACGAUCAUCCUACUGCAUUAUAAAUUCAAUAUCAUAUUAUAAAUUCCAAUCAUUCCAAAAUUCUAAUCAAAUCUAAUCUUGCCCAAAUAAACCUUCUGGAUCAUUUUAUUAUAGAAAAUUUAUGGGAAUCUCUCUCAAUAAACAUUGACACUAAACUUUUCUAGAAACUAACGGAAACAAGAGGAAAACCAGUCCACCCAGCCCUUCGAUUGCAACGAAAAUGAUUUAUCGAGGAGCGACGAUUCAAACGAAAUCUAAGGAAAAUAGCCUUGCAGCUCCGGGUAUUCAUUGGAUGGGAAACGUUCUGGAUGUUUUCGCAGCGUAGUAAAGUCGGUGCACGCCUCGGCCCGAUCCUUUUACUCAACGGCACAAUGCACGUUCUCAAGAAAGGGAGAAAACGCAACGAGAGCCACGUGGAGAGAACACACGAAGAAGGUGUAAUACACACCAUGUCGUCGCCAAGGAAAGAGGACGGCGAACGAGAACGAAGGAGGUGGAGAGGUGAGCCCGGUAUAAAAGGGUCGUUGCGAGCCGCCUCGUCUGUUUUAACACUCUCACCGGGUCGCUCGGUGGAUAUCACGGAGAACUCGUGUCGUUGAACGACCUGGACACAUACGCUUCACUUGAACAGGAACCAUUAUCCUUCGUCGAACAACGAAAAAAGAAGCGGGAAGUGAGAAAAAUGAAGUUGGUGAUAGCGUUGGGAGUAUUGUGCUGCCUGGCGGCAAUCGGAACCGCAUCGCCGCUGCCAAAAAUCUCAGCGGCGACUUCUACGUCGAAUCAGGUCGCAACCGGAAGACAGGCGACGCAGCAGCCAGCAGCAGUCAGCGAAGACGAUGACGAUGACGACGAUGACGACGACGACGUCGACUUCGAUAUCACGGGUGACGACGACGAUGACGACGAUGACGACGACGAUGACGACGACGACGAUGAUGCUUCCGAUUAUUUCGAACGUUUCAUCGAGGAUAUAUUAGGUGAGGAGGACGACGAUGACGACGACGAUGAAGCCACCCCUGUAGAACCAGUGGCGCCAGCAGUGGCGGCGCCAGUAGCGUCUGCACUUCCGGCGGCUGUCGAAGCCGAUUUGAACGCCGCCGCCGCGGAAGCGGAGCAUGCAGCAGAAACCGCUGCGGAGAGCACAGCCGUAGAUAGCGAGCCGACAGCCGUCGAGGAAGACGAAGGAAACGCAGUGGGAGAGGGGCAAGCCGUAUCCGGUAUCCACGAAACCGGGCUCGAAGGUGCGGAAUCCGUGUCAAAUCCUGUCCACGUCCCAGCCGUAUCAACGAACGAGGCAGAUACCGAGGACGAUGAUGACGAUGACGACGAUGACGAGGACGAGGACGACGUCGAUCUGGUAUACACCGAGGUCGACGAUGACGAGGACGAGGACGACGAGGACGAUGAGGAUGACGAGGACAGCAUCGCCGACAUCGCUGGCGCCAGGCAAGCACGAAUGAUGCAGUCGGAACCAAGCAACGACGUAUCGGCGAUUUACGUGGCGAAAUACAAUCGUUUCGUGGACAACAUCUUAGGAAGAAUUAAUAAAAUCUUACGUAGCAAUUAUGACCCAGUGACGGUGAAAUUGUCCAAUGCGAAUGCCAAAUCGAAGUCUGGUAAACAGAAGAGCAAAAGCAAGACGAAGAAGAACAAUAGCAAGACUGGAAUAAAGAAGAGCAAUAUGGGAAUAGUUUCGGUGACCACAGAGAAAAUUAUCGAAGAAGUUCCUGAAAACACACAGAAAACUCUGGAGGCCGUUGAAAAUACGACUAUGUCAGCUGCUACCGUUGAAAAGGAAGCAACUACUAUCGUAUCUGAACUUCAAGUGUCAAGUAGAUCAAACGUGGAGACAACGACAAAAUCUACAAACAAACGAGUAUCUAAUUCGAAUAGCAAAAAAUCAAAUAAAACUCGUGCUGGAACGAAGAACAAAACGAAACAGACUAGCAGUAAUAAAAAUAAGACAAAGAAAAAUAAACCAAAGGCGAGAGCCACACUUUACGGACUCGCGAGCCUACAAAGAUCCGGAGACGUGUCUGUGAACAUGAUGAGCGAUCACACCAUGAUCAAAACGAGAUUUACUCUCGGUCCUUUGAUACUAAAGGUUGAAAAGGAAUUUGGUAGGGCUGCAAAGAAGGAAUUGAGAAGCGCGACUGCUACCACUGCCGAAAUGUCGGGUAAACUGAGUCUUCGAGUUCUUCAUGGUGGUGCAGCUACCCUCAAUUCCAUCCGCGUUCUGCAACCUAAACAGGUACGAGUGGAGAGCGCGGACGAUCACGACAGAACGCGCGAAUUCGUCUGGAAAAGAUCAUCGCACAUCGCUCAUUUAGUCUCGGAGAAAUUAUCAUCGGCCACGAGGUCGAUGCUUCGACCUCCACCUGUUGCAGUCGCCGCCGCUUAAACCUUCCUUCGCAUCAUCGUUGGUCUUAAUGAAAACCUUCAUCCACCAUGAAAGCGGACUUCUCCCUUUGUCUUUAUUUCUUAAAUUAUUAGACCGCGGAUUUUUAUGCAAUUUCAUAUUUUUGCCAAGAGAGAUCUAAAGAAACGAUAUCUAGUAAUAGUAGUAAUAGUAAUAUGUUUCGCCUAUUAAAAACUAUGAUCAUUCAUACUUAGUGUAUUUUAUAUAUUUUUGCAUAUUGUACGCAUUCGGUGGAUUUUUGUAUUUUUAAAUGUUUAUCAGAAAUGCAUAAAAGUCCACAGUCUGUGAAUCAUUAUUCGUGAGAGCAGUCUUCUCUUUAUGGUAUUUGCGUUUGGUUUUAUGGCUGUUUGUUUCUCGAAUCUAAAGAGAAUCUUCUGUAAUUUCGUUAGCUUCGAAUUGCGAGAAUUGGAUGCUUUCGUUGGAUAAGAAUUUAAGCAAUUGAUUCUGAAUCGUUUUGAAUAAAUUAGUUAACGGAGUAUGUUACAUAGUAAGUAGAAGAGCAACCAAAUUUAUUGGUUGAAAUGUUAUGAAAAAAAUUAGAGUGUCGAUGAAUGCAUUUCAAUUCUCGAUUGGCUCUCUAAAUAUCUCGGUAUACGUAUCUGUUAUGCUUCGUGCGUCAUUGAUAGAAUUCACGAUGUUCGUUAUAGAUAAUAGUUUGAUUAAUUGGACGAUGAUAGAUAUUGAUAAACCGUAUGUAGAAGAGUGUGGAGUUGUGGCAAAAUUAACGUACUUUCGUACCUUUUCGCUUUCCAUUAUUAUUAUCUAAAAACUGACAAAUUUCUAUUACUCAGAUCUUGUGUUUUGGCUUAGAUAUGGUUUGAGGAUUUAAUGUUACAGUUUUAUAUCACUGGUUUAUAUUUUUAAAGGUACAAUUUAUUCAUUUCUCUCUUUUUUGUUUUAAACACUGGGAAUUUUAAGAGUCAACAAAUAGCAAACUGUUUAUCCUUCCUUCGCUUCAUUUUAAUAACAAUUUUUGUAAGAAAGAACGAAGGAUAAACUGGUUUUGAAAGAGUUAUGCAUUUUCAUUCUAGACCAAUAUUCGCUAUUAAUUUAUUUAUUUAUUUCUAGUAGUUUCUAUGAAUCAUUUGCAAAGUCUGAAACAUUUUCAUGCUGCGAUAUCGAUGUAAUCUGCAUUUAUACCUAUUGUUUUAUGUUACCCGAUACUUAAGGCAAUUGAGCUUACAUUUAUAAAAAGAUUCGUUGUAAAAUGAAUAAGUCAACUUUUUAUACUGUUUUAAUGAUAUUCUAUCAAUAUUUAUAUAUCAAUAAAGUACUUUAAGUAGAUUUA